AUGGCAGCCUCCCUCAAGGCAUUGCUUGUUGAUGAUAUGGCAGUUGAACGCAUGGUUGUCUCCUCCAUGCUGCGCAAGUUCCAUUGUGAGAUCACCCUGGCGAAGAAUGGGAAAGAAGCUGUUGAUAUGUUUCUUGAGGGCAAUGAGUUUGAUAUUGUUGUGUGUGAUAAGGACAUGCCCAUAAUGACCGGUCCUGAGGCUGUUGUGAAGAUCCGUGCUAUGGGAGCCACAGAUGUGAAGAUCGUCGGGGUGUCUGCUGAUGAUAACGCCAUGGAGGCGUUCAUGUGUGCCGGUGCUGAUGACUUUGUGCCCAAACCAGUGAGGCCUGAGAUUCUGCAGCCUAUGGUUCAGGAGGUCAUCAACAAGAAGAAGAAUUAA